GCCGACGCCUGCGUCAGCAAAGAGCGGGGCUGGGGGCCCCCGGUUUGAAGUCGUGCGGGUCGGAGGACUGCCGCCUCCGCCGCCGCCUCAGACCCUUGCUCCCCGGCCGCGGCGGGGACGAGUUCGGGCAGGCGGCGGGGCAGAUGCUCCAGGGCCCGCGGCGGGACACUCCGCGCCGCACCGGCCGCUCCCCUCUGACCGCGGCCUGGGCCUGCGCCGCUCUGCUCUCUGGAAACUAGCGCCUCGGCGGCGCGGCGCGUAGCUCGCGGGGAGCUCCGAACCGCCGGCGCCCGGCCAUGGCGGUCUCCAGGCUUGACCGUCUUUUUAUCUUACUGGAUACUGGCACUACUCCAGUUACAAGAAAAGCUGCUGCACAGCAACUUGGAGAAGUGGUAAAGCUUCAUCCCCAUGAACUAAAUAAUCUUUUAUCUAAAGUGUUGAUAUAUUUAAGGAGUACAAAUUGGGAUACCCGCAUUGCAGCAGGACAGGCUGUUGAAGCUAUAGUGAAAAAUGUACCUGAGUGGAAUCCAAUACCAAGAACCAGACAAGAAUCUACUUCAGAAAGUGCUAUGGAAGAUUCACCUGCUACAGAUCGCUUGAAUUUUGACAGAUUUGAUAUAUGUAGAUUGUUACAGCAUGGGGCAUCACUUUUGGGAUCUGCUGGUGCAGAAUUUGAAGUACAAGAUGAAAAAUCAGGUGAAGUGGAUCCUAAAGAGAGGAUAGCACGCCAACGGAAACUAUUACAAAAGAAACUUGGUCUUAAUAUGGGAGAAGCCAUUGGAAUGAGUACUGAAGAACUCUUCAAUGAUGAAGAUCUGGAUUAUACUCCAACUUCAACAGCCCUUGUAAACAAACAACCUACUCUCCAGGCAGCUGAAUUGAUUGACUCAGAAUUUCGAGCAGGAAUGAGCAGUAGACAAAAGAACAAAGCUAAAAGAAUGGCCAAGUUAUUUGCAAAACAGAGAUCCAGAGAUGCAGUGGAAACUAAUGAAAAGAGCAAUGAUAGCACUGAUGGGGAACCAGAAGAAAAGAGACGAAAAAUAGCAAAUGUUGUUAUUAAUCAGUCUACAAAUGAUUCCAAAGUUUUGAUUGAUAAUAUUCCAGACAGUUCUUCCUUACUUGAAGAGACAAAUGAAUGGCCUUUAGAAAGCUUUUGUGAAGAACUUUGCAAUGACCUUUUUAAUCCUUCCUGGGAGGUUCGGCAUGGUGCAGGCACUGGACUUCGGGAAAUCCUUAAAGCUCAUGGAAAAAGUGGUGGUAAAAUGGGAGAUAGCACUUUAGAAGAGAUGAUUCAGCAGCAUCAAGAGUGGUUGGAAGACUUAGUUAUUAGACUCCUUUGUGUUUUUGCAUUAGACAGAUUUGGAGACUUUGUUUCUGAUGAAGUUGUGGCACCAGUUCGUGAAACUUGUGCUCAGACAUUAGGUGUGGUGUUAAAACACAUGAAUGAAACAGGAGUUCAUAAGACUGUGGAUGUGCUUCUUAAAUUACUUACUCAAGAACAAUGGGAAGUUAGACAUGGUGGUCUGCUAGGAAUAAAGUAUGCUUUGGCAGUUCGUCAGGAUGUAAUUAAUACUUUAUUGCCUAAAGUUUUAACUAGAAUAAUUGAAGGACUUCAGGACUUUGAUGAUGAUGUCAGAGCUGUUGCUGCAGCGUCACUAGUACCUGUGGUAGAAAGCCUUGUAGACCUUCAGACACAGAAGGUACCAUUCAUUAUAAAUACACUAUGGGAUGCUCUUCUGGAACUAGAUGAUCUUACUGCUUCAACAAAUAGUAUUAUGACUCUUCUUUCAUCCUUAUUAACUUAUCCUCAGGUCCAACAAUGCAGUAUUCAGCAGUCACUCACAGUUCUAGUUCCACGUGUCUGGCCUUUUUUGCAUCACACUAUAUCAUCAGUUCGAAGAGCAGCGUUGGAAACUCUAUUUACGUUAUUAUCAACACAGGACCAGGUAAGAACUAACAACUAUGUCACUACUGUUUUUAAUGAAGUCACAUCAUCUUUUGAUUUAAAUCCUCAAGUGUUACAGCAGUUAGAUAGUAAACGACAGCAGGUCCAAAUGACAGUUACAGAGACCAACCAGGAGUGGCAAGUGUUGCAAUUGAGAGUGCAUACUUUUGCUGCGUGUGCAGUUGUGAGUUUGCAGCAGCUUCCGGAGAAGUUAAAUCCUAUCAUAAAACCAUUAAUGGAAACAAUUAAAAAAGAAGAGAAUACACUGGUGCAAAACUAUGCAGCUCAGUGCAUAGCAAAACUCCUUCAGCAGUGCACAACAAGGACACCCUGCCCCAAUUCAAAAAUUAUUAAAAACCUCUGUAGCUCACUUUGUGUGGACCCAUAUCUAACUCCUUGUGUCACAUGUCCAGUACCAACACAGAGUGGCCAAGACAAUUCUAAAGGAUCCAACUCUGAAAAAGAUGGGAUGCACCAUACGGUCACCAAGCACCGAGGUAUAAUUACACUCUACAGGCAUCAGAAAGCUGCUUUUGCUAUCACAAGUAGGCGAGGUCCUACCCCCAAAGCAGUAAAAGCUCAAAUAGCUGAUCUUCCUGCAGGAAGUAGUGGAAACAUCCUUGUUGAACUUGAUGAGGCCCAGAAGCCUUACCUGGUUCAGCGGAGAGGAGCUGAAUUUGCCUUGACAACUAUAGUGAAGCAUUUUGGUGGUGAAAUGGCAGUGAAGUUGCCACAUCUCUGGGAUGCUAUGGUUGGACCAUUGAGGAAUACAAUCAACAUUAAUAAUUUUGAUGGAAAGUCCCUCUUGGAAAAGGGAGAUGGUCCUGCCCAAGAAUUGGUGAAUUCUCUGCAAGUUUUUGAAACCGCAGCAGCAUCAAUGGAUUCUGAGCUUCAUCCCUUGUUGGUACAGCAUUUGCCUCAUCUUUAUAUGUGCCUUCAAUACCCCAGCACUGCAGUGAGGCACAUGGCUGCUCGUUGUGUAGGCAUUAUGAGCAAAAUAGCUACCAUGGAAACCAUGAAUAUUUUUUUGGAGAAGGUUCUUCCAUGGCUGGGGGCAAUUGAUGACAAUAUCAAACAAGAGGGUGCAAUUGAAGCACUUGCAUGUGUAAUGGAACAGCUGGAUGUUGGUAUUGUUCCGUAUAUUGUCCUUUUAGUUGUGCCUGUGUUGGGAAGAAUGAGUGAUCAGACAGACAGUGUAAGAUUCAUGGCUACACAGUGCUUUGCAACACUAAUUAGACUCAUGCCACUUGAGGCAGGCAUUCCAGACCCUCCAAAUAUGUCAGAAGAACUAAUCCAAUUGAAAGCCAAGGAACGACACUUUUUGGAGCAGUUAUUAGAUGGGAAAAAAUUAGAAAAUUACAAAAUACCAGUACCAAUUAAUGCUGAACUCAGAAAAUAUCAGCAGGAUGGUGUGAACUGGUUAGCAUUUCUUAAUAAGUAUAAACUUCAUGGAAUUCUGUGUGAUGACAUGGGUUUAGGAAAAACUUUACAGUCCAUCUGCAUUCUAGCGGGAGAUCACUGUCACCGGGCCCAAGAAUAUGCAAGAUCAAAAUUGGCAGAAUGUAUGCCACUUCCUUCCUUGGUGGUUUGUCCGCCAACAUUAACAGGUCACUGGGUGGAUGAAGUCGGUAAAUUUUGCUCCAAAGAAUAUCUCAAUCCAUUACACUAUACUGGACCUCCUACUGAAAGAAUAAGGUUACAGCAUCAAGUAAAAAGGCACAAUCUGAUAGUGGCUUCAUAUGAUGUUGUGAGGAAUGACAUAGAUUUCUUUAGAAAUAUUAAAUUUAACUACUGUAUUCUUGAUGAAGGCCAUGUCAUCAAAAAUGGAAAAACAAAAUUGUCAAAAGCUGUAAAACAACUGACUGCUAAUUAUAGGAUUAUUCUUUCUGGAACACCAAUCCAGAAUAACGUUUUGGAGCUGUGGUCAUUAUUUGAUUUCCUCAUGCCAGGAUUUUUGGGGACUGAACGCCAGUUUGCUGCUCGAUAUGGUAAACCUAUAUUAGCAAGUAGGGAUGCUCGAAGCUCUAGUCGAGAACAAGAAGCAGGUGUUCUUGCAAUGGAUGCACUCCACCGCCAAGUCCUGCCGUUUCUUUUGAGAAGAAUGAAAGAAGAUGUUUUGCAGGAUCUUCCACCCAAAAUUAUUCAAGACUACUAUUGUACUCUUAGUCCUCUCCAGGUUCAGCUCUAUGAGGAUUUUGCUAAGUCUCGUGCUAAGUGUGACGUUGAUGAAACAGUUUCUUCAGCUGCACUCUCUGAAGAAACUGAAAAACCAAAGCUUAAAGCCACAGGCCAUGUAUUCCAGGCAUUACAGUACUUACGUAAACUGUGCAACCAUCCAGCAUUAGUCUUGACACCUCAACAUCCAGAGUUCAAGAGUACUACUGAAAAACUGGCAAUUCAGAAUUCUUCUCUUCAUGAUAUUCAACAUGCCCCUAAACUCUCAGCUUUGAAACAAUUGCUGUUGGACUGCGGUUUGGGAAAUGGCAGCACUUCAGAGAGUGGCACAGAGUCUGUUGUGGCCCAGCACAGGAUACUGAUCUUCUGUCAGCUUAAAAGCAUGCUUGAUAUAGUAGAACAUGAUCUUCUCAAACCUCACUUACCCUCUGUCACUUAUCUGAGAUUAGAUGGCAGCAUACCUCCUGGUCAGAGGCAUUCCAUUGUUUCACGGUUUAACAAUGAUCCAUCCAUAGAUGUUCUUUUACUUACAACUCAUGUUGGUGGCCUAGGGCUUAACUUAACUGGCGCUGACACGGUAGUAUUUGUGGAGCACGACUGGAAUCCUAUGCGUGAUCUACAAGCCAUGGACCGGGCCCAUCGCAUUGGGCAGAAACGUGUGGUUAACGUAUACCGAUUGAUAACCAGAGGAACGUUGGAAGAGAAAAUAAUGGGUUUGCAAAAAUUUAAGAUGAACAUCGCGAAUACUGUGAUUAGCCAGGAGAAUUCUAGUUUGCAGAGUAUGGGGACAGAUCAACUUCUUGAUCUGUUUACUCUUGAUAAGGAUGGCAAAGCAGAAAAGGCCGACACCUCUACUUCUGGAAAAGCAAGUAUGAAAUCAGUCCUUGAAAACCUGAGUGAUCUUUGGGAUCAAGAGCAAUAUGAUUCAGAGUACAGCCUGGAAAAUUUUAUGCAUUCUCUCAAGUAACUAUCAAAUAUUGUAAAUGCAAUUGCUGCUAGUUCAGUUACAUUUCUGCUGAUAUUCAGCAAAUUUCAAAGUUUAUGGUGAACUUUUAGCUCAAUGUGUAAAUAGAUCUGAAGAAUAUUCAGCAUAACGCUGGUUCUUGUUUCACUGGGGGGAACAAGUUAUUCUCAAAUAUUUGCACUGUAUUAAAUUUAAAUGUUAAUGUGAAAUGGUUUAAAUUUUACGUGCUGAAUAGCUGCAGAGCAGAGGAACCAAACCAGGUUUACAUGUGCUACCAUGAGGUGUUCUUACUGGGAACGAGCCUCCUGUCUUUACAUAGUCCCUUUGUGCAGGAUAAUAUCCAUGAGUACUUUAGUGUUCAUGUACAUUUUUUCUUUUAAAUAGAACUUGUUUUUAUAAAUGAUUAAAAAUAGGGCUUUUUUUUUUUGUAUAAAAGCCUUAAUGAGCCAUAAUUUUAAGAAUAAUGACUACAAUAUUGGUCACUCUUGGAACAUGAAAAUCUUAGACAAUGAAUUGAACCUGGCCCUUGGUGGAAACCUUUAUAUAUUUAAUGCAGAUGCAUAGUGUUUUUCAAAUCUUUAACAUCAUUUUGUCAACUUUUAAAAUAUAUCAACUAUUCUAAAUACAGGUAAUGGUCUAUUUAAGGCUAUCAUAACAUCCUAUUAAGAGGGUGUUUUUUAAUUUAUCUAAUGGCUAGGAUAUAGCCCAAUUCAGAGAACAUAUGUACUCAAUAGGUUUCAAUCAUAUAUAUAUAUAUAAUAUAUUUUUUGUAACUAUGAACAUAUACAGUUUUCCAGAAGUAGAUUUUACACUGUUUAGAAUUCCAAACCUAUGGUGAAAAGACUGUUUAUUGUAGUAAUGCAUGACUGAAGCAUAAAAGGGAGAAAUAAAUCCUUUAUAUACACAAACAUACAUAAAUACACAUAUCUAUAUGCACAGAUGUACCUAUCCUGCAUCCUACAAGGUGCUUGGUAUUGGCACUAAAAUCAUGUAGAUAUAAUGGGCAGCAAUAAUAAUUGGGCAUGAAGAUGAUUAGUGUUAGAAAAGUGAGCCUCAAUGGUGAGGGUGGGUAUAUGUGUAUAGAUAUGCAUGUAUGUGUAUGUAUAUAAUUUUAUAAAUUUCACACAUAAAUUAAUACAUGCCUGUGUGCAUAUAUAUGUAUGGGAUAUAUUUGUAUAUACAUGUACAGGUAAUAAACAUCCCCAAGGUUUGUGGCUGGCCAUACACAUAGGCAUCGGUUUAUAAACCAUCAGACCUCAGCUGUAAAAUAACAACUUUUUUUUUUUAAAUCAUUAAAGUUAUACUGUUCUGCAGCAUUUAGACAUGGACAUUUGUCACAUUUCAGUAGCUUUGACAACCAUACUAUAACAUUAAAUCUAGCAUUCCAUGGAGAAUAAAAAAUAAGAUUGAAACUGUAAAA